AUGAAGACUGACUUGGUAGGGAUCUCAGGCCAAAAGGAAGAUGCCAGCAAAGAAAAAAAGAUACAUGGCACAGACUCCUUGAACAGGCGAGGCAGCCUGAAUUCCAACAGGGAGGAAGGCAGAGCCACUCUCAUCCUGACCCUCACCCUCUGCAAUGUGAGGAAAACUGAGCUCUCUAGGGCAGCCAAAGUGUUUGAGAUGCUUGAAACUCAGAUCCAUCACUUUGAAACCAGAGGAGCCCAAAAGCCCAAGAACUCUGCUGAUGAUCUUGACAUUUUUGUUGAAUGCGAAGUCCACAGUACUGAUGUUAGUAUCCUUAUCACCUCCCUAAAAAGAGUAGCAGAGGAUGUGAAAACUAGCAGAGAAGAAAAAGUGCCCUGGUUCCCCAGAAAAAUACAAGAUCUGGACAAGUGUCACCAUCUGAUCACUAAAUAUGAUCCCAGUUUGGACCAUGGUCACCCUGGAUUCGCUGACUUGGAGUAUAUGAAACGGAGGGCAUUCUUUGCUGACCUUGCCUUUAACUACAGAGCAGGAGACCCUUUGCCUCACAUCGAAUACACAGCACAGGAGACUGCAACUUGGAGAGAAGUCUACAGGAAGCUGAGCAGCCUUUACCCUACUCAUGCCUGUACACAGUACCUGGAUGCUUUCCAGCAGCUGGAGAAAUACUGUGGUUACCAAGAGGACAACAUACCUCAACUUCAGGAUGUCUCCAGAUUUUUGAAAGAAAGAACAGGUUUCCAGCUGAGACCAGCUGCAGGACUUCUGUCGGCUCGUGACUUCCUCGCCAGCCUGGCAUUUCGUGUCUUUCAGAGCACACAGUACAUAAGGCAUUUCUCUUCUCCUAUGCAUUCCCCAGAACCAGACUGCUGCCAUGAGUUGUUGGGUCAUGUUCCCAUGCUAGCUGACAAGGAGUUUGCCCAGUUCUCUCAGGAUAUUGGACUGGCUUCUCUUGGAUCAUCUGAAGCGGAGAUUGAGAAACUGGCCACACUUUAUUGGUUCACUGUGGAGUUUGGACUCUGCAAGCAAAAUGGUUCCAUCAAAGCUUAUGGGGCAGGACUGCUUUCAUCUUAUGGGGAGCUUAUGUACGCUUUAUCAAACAAGCCAGAGUACAAGCCUUUUGAUCCAGAAGUGACUGCAGUUCACCCCUAUCAGGAUCAAGCCUUCCAGCCUGUCUAUUUCGUAGCAGAAAAUUUGGAAGAUGCCAAGGCCAAGCUUCAAAACUACAUGAUGAAGAUCAAGAAGCCUUUUUCUCUGCACUACGACCCUUUCACCUGCAGCAUAGAGGUUAUGAACACACCUCAGAAAGUCAAGAGGGCACUCUGUCAAAUGAAAGAGGAACUGAAAAAUCUCUGCUUGGCCCUCGAGAACCUCUCUUAAAACUACAGCAGUACAUCUUACCUGGCACUGAGAUACUUGUAGAGGGUUCCAGCACUUGAAGAUUUAGUGAUGAAGUUGUAGUUGUAUGCGAAAAUCCUUAACCCACAAACCAGCUCUGUCAAGCUAAUCUUUUCACUGUAAUUUAUGCUGCUGAGUUAUUUACAUUAAUGAGUUCCUGUUGUGUAUGUUUCAAUGACAAACAAGAUCAAAUUACUCCAACUAUUGGCAGGUGAUAUGAGCUACAGCUGUUUUGAAUGUAUUUAUCUGUUCCUAUUGACCCUUACUUACUUUUUUUUUAAUUCACCUGCCACCUUUCCAAAUUACUUGUCGCAAAAUAGCACAGUAACUCU